AUGAAGACCGAGAAGACCGAAAAUCCCGAAUUAGGCCAGCCCAAUAUCAAGCCUGGUGUUGGCGACGAUGUCACUCACGAUGCCGUUUUCGGUGCUGUGACUGAGGACGGUCCUAACUACCGAAGUGUGGGAUGGAUUGCUACGACGAUUCUAAUGGCGAAGAGCAACAUUGGGCUUGGAGUCUUGGGUAUUCCGUCUGCCUUCCAAGUCUUGGGUCUCAUUCCUGGUGUUAUUCUCAUACUGGCGAUUGGUGCCACGGCCACCUGGACUACGUAUGUCAUUGGGCAGUUCAAGCUCAACCACCCUGAUGUGUACAGCAUUGAUGAUGCUGGCUUCAAAAUGUUCGGUCGUGUGGGACGAGAAAUACUCGGUGCCGUGUUUCUUCUCUAUUGGGUAUUUGUCACAGGUUCUGGCUUGCUCAGCGUCUCCAUCGCUCUCAAUGCCGUCUCGACUCAUGGUACUUGCACUGCGGUCUUCGUCGUGGUAGCCGCUGUGGUCGCCAUCUGCCUCAAUAGCAUUCGGACACUGGGGCGAAUCACGAUCUUGGCUUGGGUUGGCCUCUUCAGCAUCAUUGCAGCCAUCUUCACCGUCACCAUUGCCGUCGGCGUCCAGGAUCGACCAGCAUCCGCUCCGCAGACUGGGCACUGGGAAUCUGAUUACAAGCUCUUCGGUACGCCCACGUUUUUGGAGGCAUCGACCGCUGUUUCCAGCCUGAUCUUCGCCUUUGCUAGUGUCAGUCUUUGCUUUAGCUUCGCUGCUGAGAUGAAAGAGCCCAAGCACUACGGACGGGCAGUCUUCAGCUGUUUGAGUCUCGUUAUGGCCAUAUAUCUGGUAAUUGGUAUCGUUGUUUACUAUUAUUGCGGCUCCUACGUUUCCAGCCCUGCGAUGGGCUCGGCUGGUCCUUUGAUGAAGAAGGUCGCAUAUGGAAUCAGUAUUCCAGGCGUCAUGGUUUCCACCAUUCUUCUCUCUCACCUGGCUGCCAAGUAUAUUUUCGUUCGUCUUUUGCGUGGAACCCCCCAUUUGUCAUCGAACAGCAUGCGCCACUGGGUGACCUGGUUCAGCUGUACCAUUGGCGUUGUAGUCGUUGGGUACAUCAUUGCCAGCGCCAUCCCUGUCUUCAGCACGCUCAUCUCCUUGAUCGGAGCCCUCCUCGGUACGCUGAUGACCUUCCAGCCCAUGGCCUGCAUGUGGAUCUACGACAACUGGACCACGGAUAAAUCUCGACGCACCCCUAGAUGGUACGCCAUGGUGGCCUUCUCUUGCUUUGUGAUUUUAGCUGGUACCUUCAUCAUGAUUGUUGGAACUUGGGGAUCCGUUGUGGAAAUUAACGCACAAUACAAAGCGUCUGGCGGAUCGGCAGCCUGGUCCUGCGCGGAUAACUCCAACUCUGUUUAG